GUUGUGUUACGCUUACGAGCGAGCGCGCGCGAGCGAGAACGACAGAGAGAGAGAGAGAGAGAAAGAUAGGGAGCGAGCGGUGCGGCAACCCGCCACUGUCCCCGGCGCCGGUGGGAUGAUCAAGGAUAUGGCGGACGAUGAGGCCAUACAGGCCACCAACGACGACGCCAGCGAGUGCAAGCGGUACGCGGUGCAGCUCGGCUACUGGUGCGACCCGUUCAUCAGCCUGUUCGUGAAGCAGACCGCGCGGAAGGCGCCCGAGAUCAAUCGCGGCUACUACGCCAGAGUCAAGGGCAUCGAGCUCUUCGUCGACAAGUUCCUCAAGCUGUCCGGCGGUAAAGGUCAGAUCAUAAACUUGGGUGCUGGUUUCGACACCCUUUACUGGAGACUCAGGGAGGCCAGGAACAGCCCUGCGAAUUUCGUGGAGCUCGACUUUCCCAGCAUAACCGCGAAGAAAUGUUACCACAUCAAGAAGCACAAGCAAUUAAUCGAUAUGCUGAACACCGAAGACGGAGAAAUCCGAUUCUCGACCACGGACCUGCACGCCGCGAAUUAUCAUCUGGUUGGUACAGAUCUGCGACACAUAGCGGAGCUAAAUAACAAAUUGACCCAAGCCGAAGUCAAUUUCAAUUUACCCACCAUGUUCCUCGCAGAAUGUGUUCUAGUAUACGUAGACGCUGGCGCGACCUCGUCACUCUUGAAGUGGCUAGCGGGCAAGUUUCCGAACAGCCUCUUCGUCAGCUACGAACAGGUGAACAUGAAGGACAAGUUCGGCCAGGUCAUGUUGUCGAAUCUACGCAGCCGUGGCUGUUUAUUGGCGGGCGUGGAGGAUUGCGAGGCGUUAGAGACUCAGCAGAGACGCUUCACCAUAAACAAUUGGGAGGGCACGAGCGCGUGGACGAUGGUGGACGUUUAUGAUUCACUGCCUGAAAUUGAUCGUAGUCGAAUCGAGCACAUAGAGAUGCUGGACGAGCGAGAGCUCCUCACCCAGCUGCUCCAGCACUACUGCAUCGCCGUCGCUUGGAACGGACAAACGUUUAAAAAUCUGUCUAUAGCACAGGGUUAGGUAUUACCGCCUGACCCCUUCUCUCUAUGUCUCUCUCGCGAGUUACUCCAGGUAAUGACGUCACGUAAUUCGGGCUCGACGGGCCCGCGUAAGUUACGUAACGCCCCGGUCGACAGCAGGAGAUUAACGUUUCUCAGAUUGCGCUUAAGUACAUCCCGAAACUAAUCGACGAGUUGAAAUAGUCCACGAGGGUGUAGUAGCCUCGAGUUGAAAUGCUUCUAACUUUUUCGUCUACGGAAACGUCGUAAUGAUUUUUAUAUAAGCUGUACUUGUUCGUUCCUUGCCAAGCGCGUAAUUGUACGCGUUGCGAGCCGUUUAACGAGAUAGCUGCAACGAGAACGAGAGAGAGAGAGAGAUAGGAUCGCGAUGACCGAAUCGCGCGAGAUCCGUAGGCGGCUAGCUAGGCAUCGACGGCGGUCGGACAAGCACUGGCAUCCUUUCGCAGACGAUAUUUCCAGUCAUCCUAAUUUAUGUGCGACAUAUCUGACUUAUGUGUUAAUGGUAAACGAUUCUACCUGCGAAGACCGUCUCGCUCUUCAAUGCAGAUUCAUGUAUAAAGUUUUACGGUCGUUAUUAUAAUUAUAGAUUGCUAUUGUUAUAUAGUCGCGGCUGAACGGCGCGACGCGGUGCGCAGAGUAAUUUAUUAUACCUAUUGUACGAGACAUCAUUGAGGAUCAAACGGUUCAACUUAUUACGUCUUUACCACCUCGCUUGUUAUCCGUGUACAGGCACACCUCGUUUUGCCGCGCAAUUUUUCCAACAGCAUGCUCACUUCGUACUUCUGUGUCACAUUUUUUUUAGCGAUAAAAUAUUUUUUAACUAAGCCGUGUACCUACACAUGUUUUUUUAGACAGUGCUGACACUUAAUAUGCCACGGUGUGGUGUAAGCAUAACUUUUAUAUGCACUGGGAAAUCAAAUUCUUGUGUUUCGCUUCGUUGCGAUGAUCUGGAACCGAACCCGCAGUAUCCUUCGAGGUAUGCCUGUAUAAUCUCUUCAUUUUAAUAAGUGGACGUUGCAGAGUCCGCGCUGGUUGCGAAGGAUAAUUUCAUACAUACGAAGUUUUGCAAAAAUCUCCUCUUUUUAUCUGCAUUCUUCUACGAUUUUCGCGCGUUGGGAACGCGCUCUCACUCAGGUGGGGACAAGUUUGAAGGGAAAGAGGCUGGAAAGAUGUGUAGAAGGUACAGCUAAAAAGGCGCGAGUCUAUAUUUUUAACCUUUGACCGCAAAUACAAAGCUAUUUUUCUGAAAAAGAGAAAAAAAUCAGUCGUACAUAGAACUUCGAUUCUACGAAAGUCUUAAUAUAUAUAUUACGAUAUAUUUGAGAUACGAUGUAAAAUUAUUCCUUGCGCGCGCGACCCGAUCCUUGUGUGCAUGCGUGUGUGUGUGUGCGUGCGCGUGCGAGAGUGCGUGCUAUAUGUUAGAGAUUACGAUUUAUUGAGCCGUGAUAAGGCGAUUAGUAUUACGAUGUAAGCGAUCAGUUUCGUACAGGCGCGUGUCUUGCGAGCCGCGCGGAAAUAUAUAUAGUAUAUACAUAAAUGAGUGAUUACUUAAAAUAAUAAAUGUGUGCAACGAAAGUAAGACUUUAAGUGUCGAGCGUGGUACUCUUGCGAAGGAAUCAACGCGCGACCGGAUACCACGCCUUUGCGAGCAUCAGCCUGAAAGAGAAUCGGCGAGACGCGUUCGUGAUUAAUUUCAUUCGCUCGCUCGUAGAGACAUUGAUAACUCGUAACAUUUGCUUGCAUCGAACUGCGAAAUUAAAGGAAGGAGAGACGCGCGCCGAUGUUCUUCGAUAUAAAAAAAUCCGACCGUUUUUUACGUUUUAUCAUACCGGAGACGCUUAUGCUAGCACAGUAUUCCGCUUCUUUUCAACACCAAGUGCGACAAAGUAUGUUGCACUCAAAUCAGGUCACGUGUCGACACACGAUAGCGAGGGAUCGAGACAAAGAUUUAUUUUCAUAUUGAGGAAUAUCAGGGUGACGCAUGUGUAUUCAGUCUAUAAGGAUAAUACGAGGAGAUAUCAUGAGCUUUUACGAGAGACACUCGAGUCAUCCCUUUUGUAGGUACAAAGUGCGUAAAGCGCUCGCGGAGCGGAGCCCGGAGACGCUGUCGUCGCGAGGCGCAAAACGGAGAUUCGCGACCGCCGAGAUUGUUUAUCGAGCAUCAGCGUAAGGGGCAUUGAUCGCGUUUCUGGAGUCCGACGGCCUACCCGAAUUGGAAUAGUUCUGCAGCGACCUCGUAUCUCGGUGCGGUACCUUUCACUUCGGCGAUCUCGCGCUCAGCCAGCGUGCGACGCCGGCUCUCCGGGGUUCCGCCGACGAGCGAAUCUCUAUUAAUCACCACGUUCUGUCUUGCGUGUAUUUCCCGACACCGUUUCUUUCCGACACCUUUAGCGUUUACGCGAGCAACGGUAACUUAUUAGACUUAAGAGAGACGACGAGGAUGCGACGCGGAUCUCCACCGGCGACCGCGCGGAUCCGCGGAAGGAUGUACGGGUGUGUGGUUCUUGGGUCUCUUGCCCCUUCGACGAGUAAAAUUAUACAUACCUGGAGUAACGAACACAGUAUAAGAAAAAAAAAAGAUAGUCAGAUGUUCUAUUUUUCUCAGAAGUUACGAAAAAUUGCAGCCAUUGUUACGAU